GAGCAGCAGCGCGCUCGUCGAGACGCUACCGCACGGCGUCUUUUGACCCAGUGAGCGACAUGCUGGCACGCUGCUCUCAAUCCGUCUUUGUGUCUGUUUACUUGCGCCCGUCAGCGUGCGGUAUCGGGCCUACUGGGGCCCACCUCGGCGCCACACAGCGCACCGGAGAAAUCACCUCGGCAGCAGCAGCAGAGCGGCCGCAGCGGCUCGCCCGAAGUUCCGUCAGAGGACGCUCCUUCAUCGACGGCUCGGCGGCUCGGCUGGCUCGGCCAACUCGGCGUCCCCGCCGUCCUCUCGCAGUUCGAUUUUCCCGAACCGAGGAGUCGCGCUCGCGGAGGAGAGUCCGGCGGCGUUGUGAGGAAGCCUCCCUGACGUGCGUCACGCAGUGUAGCGUCGGCUAACAUCGGACAGCAGUCGUCGUCUCCGCGCGCUUCAUUUGCAGCUCCUCCGAUGGGCGACGACGGGAGCAGAGACGGUGUGCCAUCGGGCUCGAAGUAGACGUCGUCGUUCAGUGGUGCUACCUGCGCGACGAGAUGAAGUGUGUCAGCCGCAAGGCGAAGGUCCGCGGAGCCCUCGUCGCCUGCUUUCUCGUGGCCGUCGGACUCGUGCUCUUCUACCACCAGUCUAAGGUGAGCGAUCAGCCUCCGCCGCUGGACGACGUCGUCGGGCACGGAGCGGCGGCGUCGCCCCACGACAAAGGAGACGCGAAGAGGACCGGCGUUUCGUCGUCGCAGCACAGCAGCUCGACUCGUUCGCGGCUGCAGCAUCACCGGACCCCGUUCUCUUGGCCGUGGACCAAGGCGACGAGGAAGAGCGGGCGCGAACAGUGCAUCGCCGUGCCCGCAAGGUCGGACGUGGACAUCAGGACGCCCGAUGUCUUCGCGGAGCUCGACUUCAAGAGAUUCUCCAAGAGUUACUGGAAUCAGUCGUUCGAGAAGAGGUACCACGAGACGCGGCAGCGAUGGGAUAAGCUUCCUUUGCAGGUGAUUGUAAUCCCACACUCGCACAAUGACCCUGGCUGGCUGAAGACCUUCGAGGGCUACUUCUUGAGCAACACUGCACACAUUCUGAACAAUAUGGUCGACUUCCUGACGAAGAACAGGGACUUCUCCUUUCUCUGGGCCGAGGUGUGCUUCUUUUCACGCUGGUGGAGGAGCCUGCAGAACCGACCCCACCUGCGGGAUGCGGUACGCCGGCUCGUUCACCGCGGCCAGUUGGAGAUGGUGACCGGCGGCUGGGUGAUGACGGACGAGGCAGCCGCCCACUACUUUGCCAUGGUCGACCAGCUGGUGGAGGGCCACCAGUGGCUGCGCACCAACCUGGGUGUGGUGCCACGCAAUGGCUGGUCCAUCGACCCCUUCGGCCACGGUGCUACCAUGCCCUACAUUCUGCAGGCGUCGGGCAUCCGCAGCACCUUUGUCCAGCGCACUCACUACGCCUGGAAGCAGUUCCUGGCUGCCCGCAGGCAACUCGAGUUUCUCUGGCAGCCCCCGUUCCUGACCUCAUCGCAGCGCAUGUCGUCUCGCCGCAACAAUUCUUCCGGCGUGCUUUGUCACAUGGCGCCCUUCGAGCUGUAUAGCAUCAAGCACACCUGCGGGCCGGACCCGGAGGUGUGCCUCAAGUUUGACUUCCGGCGCAUGGCCGGGGAGUACACAGAGAGCCGGGCAUCCAUCAUCAACCCCAACAAUGUGGCGGAACUGGCCAAAGAGUUACUGGGUCAGUAUGGACGCAUCGGAUCCCUCUUCCCACACAACGUGGCCCUUGUGCCGCUUGGUGAUGACUUCCGCUUUGACCGUGAUGCCGAGUGGAUCCAGCAGCACAAGAACUAUAGGAGGCUCUUUGACUACAUCAACACAAACUCCAAGAAGUUGCAUGCCAAUGUGCGUUUCGGAACCCUCCAGGACUACUUCCAAGAGGUGCACCGGAGGAUGGAGAAGAUGGUGUCGUCCGCCGCUGUUCGGGGCUCCUCCCUCGUCCCGACGCUGGAAGGAGACUUUCACCCGUACGGCGAUGUGUACGCGGAGGGGACGCCCUCUUAUUGGACGGGCUACUACACGACGCGCCCCUAUCUGAAGCAUUUCUGCAGGGAGCUUGAGCACUGGUUACGAGCGGCCGAGAUAAUCUACAGCUUGGCCAGGAGCUACCUGCAUCAAACCCACAUGAAAGAGCUGGCCGAGCGGAUGGACGCUGAGUAUGUUUUUCUGGUGCAGUCACGGGACAGCCUGGGGUUGUUUAUGCAUCAUGAUGCCAUUACUGGCACAUCUAAGGAAGGUGUCAUGACUGACUAUGGCUCCAGAAUGUUUAAUGGAAUGAAGGAAGCUAUGGGGGUCGUUGCGCACGCUGCUCAGUUCCUUCUCCUUCUUGAGAACCCACAGCCAACGUUCGAAGGCGGCUACAAUGCCCCACACUCCAUGAUCUCCUACCUGUUCCCUGACAUCGACAGGCAGUCUUUCGAAGUUCUGCCGUCGAAGGUUCCGCUGACGGUGCCAGGUGUGAUCGGCCGAAAGGUCGUGCUCUACAACUCGCAUGCGCAGCAUGUGCAGGAAGUUGUUCGCGUGCAUGUCAAGACGCUCGUGACAAAAGUUACUAGCCCUUCCAACAGCGACAUUCCUUUUCAAAUCAAUCCCGUCUGGGACGAUGCUGCCAUGAUGUCCACCGAAGUUUUUGAGGUGGUUUUUAUUGCCGAACUUCAACCCCUGUCUUUGACUGCUUAUACACUGUAUUCAGACGUGGGCGCACGAAACAGGCCAGCAAAGACGAGGGUUUCCCUGUUUGUGGCCGACGCCUGGGCUGGUUCUGAUGCAGAGAGCAUCUUUGCUUUUGAGAGCCCAGCUUCUGAAACCAUUGAGUUGGAAACUGCCUUCCUCAAAGCAUCGUUUUCCCAUCAAACGGGGCUCUUGACUUCAAUCAGGUUGACCGAGAGUGGAAUAGAAAACCAGCUGAACCUCACCUUUUCUGCUUACCGCUCGUUAGAAUUUCACAGUGGUGCAUACCUUUUUCAGCCAGAUGCUAGUAACCCUUUCAUAAAUGUCACAGGACGCUUCCCCAUUGUCAGAGUCAUCCGCGGUCCAGUCGCAUCUGAGGUUAUGGUGGCCUACCCUCAAAUUGUUGUUCAUACGUUCAGAGUGUAUCACGUCAGCGGUGCUCUGGGUGGUGGUCUUGAAAUGAUCACUCUGUUCGAUUUGCAACGUCACGAAGAGAUGAAUGUGGAGCUGUUUCUGAAGCUUGACACCAACAUAAACAGCGACAGAACAUUUUUUACGGAUGCUUCCGGCUUCCAGAUGAUGCGACGGGUAACCAAUGUGGAACUCCCCAUUGAGGCCAACUACUAUCCCAUUACGUCCGCUGCUUACCUUGAAGACAAGACCUCCCGAAUGACUCUAGUAGUGUCUCACGCUCACGGAGCAGCCAGCAUUCAGCCAGGCUCCUUGGAAGUGAUGCUGGACCGAAAAUUGCGCUACGACGACAGCCGCGGACUUGGAGAGGGAGUCAUGGACAACCGGAAGACUGUGGCAAGGUUCUGGCUCAUGUUGGAAGAACGAAGGUCGCAGCCAGGGAGCACCACGACGGCAGAACUCCCAAACUUGUCUCUGCUGGCUCACACACUCUCCGCAAAGAUGCUUUACCCGCCAGUUAUCUUGGCUACGGAGGGCAACCAGAACAAGGAGCUGAGGCCCAACUUAAGUUUUCUCAAUAGCAGCUACCCUGAUGACCUCUGGUUGUUGAAUCUCAGGACCACGCCUGUGGACGGAAACUUUGACAAUCCGUCACAAAGCAGCUUGCUAAUCUUGCACCAGAAGGCAGCUUCGUGCAAGGUUGCUCCACUCGUGCCGCUCUCCCUGGGCGGUUCCUCGCCGGUGGACUUCAAGUUUGUGAAAGUGCAGUCUGUCCACAGGACUACCCUUACCGGGACCAGGAACUUGGAGAGAGUGACAGACUGGCAUGGCAUCAAGGUGUCUCCCAUGGAACUGGCAACGUUCAAUGUGACUUUUGGAGCUUAAGAUACCACACGUUGGCAUUUUGCGAAGGUUAUGCUCAGUGUCCUGUCCCCUCGGAGUCUUUGGCCAAUCCCCAACCCUUCAUUUUGUGUCAUUGUGUCACAUUCUACUCAGGGCGUUAGCUCCUAGAGUGACUCAAGGCUCUAUUUUGUGCCUCUGUCAUGAGUGCCAGUGUAGUGUUACUGUCAUAAAUGUUGUUUAGGUAACUCUUCGAUGACACACUUUAUUUUUGAAUACUGAUUCUGUUGCUUUUUUUUCUUAGCUUUUAGUUUUCAGUGUUUUAUGCACGGUUCACACGGUGCUUUCUUGGGCAUUUCUUGUGAGUAGUCAAUUCAUUUAAUUUCGUGAGAAAGCGGUCGGGACCAAAUAGUGCUAAUUCACAAAAAGGUUCAUUCUAAAAAAAUGCUCUUUCCCAAAGAAUUCUGCACCUUUGUUUGUUGGGUGUAACAAUAUUAAUACCAAAUCUACAAAAUAUUACUAUGUUUUGUUGUUGUGUUAUGGCCACAAGAUGACAUACCGUAGAAUACCGCAUAUCCGCCCAUUCCACAUUAAGUGUCCAUAUCCAAAUUUCUAAGAUAUAAAAAAAUAUGCACAGUACGUUCAUGUGUAACAUUGAUGACCGGACAAGUGCCCAUCCCCCAUUUUUUCGCAAUUAUCUCUAAAUUUUGAGUGGGCGCUUGCCCGGUAUUUUACACUAUACUUUAAUUUCUGAGUUCUUGAGAAGUAGCACUAUUUAUCUCUUACCCUUUGAAUAAAUGACAUGCAAUAAGGUAAAAAUAUGUGUGCAUGCAUCUACGGGCAAAAAAAGUGUCAUAUGCUUGUGUUUUACUAUGUGUGAAAGAAUCACAUUUUGAAAUGAAUGAGUCAUUGUGAGUUUCCACUAUAGUUAGUUGCUACUUGCAACAAGUAGCUAGAGCUUUUAUGUGAGCUCUGCAUCAGAGCAUACAGAUCUAGAUGUGUGUACAUACAAGUCACCGUAGCACCGUUUGAUAGCAAUAACAAAGUUGAUAACAGAGUCAUAUAUAUUUAUUCAUAAUGUGCCCUCUAGUGGGCUUUACUAAGGUAUGUAUUUAUUAGAAUCAAGCAUAUUAUAUGAACCAUAGAGUAAUAACUAAUUAAAGUUUAUAGGCUUAUGAACACAAAGACAAAAUAAGUUCACAUAAACUUCUUUUCCUUUGCUAAUGUUUUCGUCUUUUGUGAUAUUGUACAAAUGGAUGUGGGAUCGUUAUGUAUGUUUGGUGUAGCAUAUUGAGUGCUUUGUCUUUGUACCCUUACAAAACAAUGUGGGGCAGUUCAACCAUUCCACUACUGACAGGUGCAUGUGGAACUCACCAUGAGUGUUCUCAAAGUAAUAUAUUUGCCAUGAUAGUUUGUGUUUGUAGUGAUUGAACAUUUAUUGAGCACAGAAGUUAUUUUGAGGGAAAGUGACCUAUAUUUUUGCAAGUUUUAGUUGGUUAUCUAUAGAAAUUUACCCAGGGCUAUUACAUACUACUUCUCAGUGAUGGUGAGCUUUGUGGUAUUUGGCAGUGCCAGUGCAAAGAAAUGCUUAUUUAUUACCAUCACUUAGCAACCACCACGCUUUUAUGGUAUACAUUAGAUUUUGCUUUGAGACUCGAGUCCUACACAUUUUGAGAAAUUGGGUCAGCUGAUGUUCCGCGUUACUGUCCAUUUUUAUUCUCUAAAUGACUUUAAGAGACUUGUCUAUGGGGAGAGCAAGUCGUCUGCUUCUUGUGCAAGAGUUGCGGUGAUGUCAGAAAGAUGCCGAGCUCUGAUUGGCUCUGGUUGAAGGAUAGUGGGUAGGCCUCAAGGCAAGCUGCCUCGAGGUCUACUCACUAUCUUUCAUUCAGAACCAGGCAGAGCUCGGCAUUCUGACAACACCACAACCCCUGCAAAAGAAGCCGACAAACUUGCGGUCCAUAUUGGCUACAGGCAAAGGGUGCCAGUGUUGAAGCUUGAGGUUGCCAAAGCCUUCAUAUUUCAUGUAAGUAAAACUAAGCUCCCUUCGACUGAGCUACCAUUGUCAUCUGCAGAAAUAAUCAAAUGCUGUAGGAUGUUAAGGAAGUGAUGAGGGUGUUUCCAUUUCAUGACAUACUGCAAUCACACCAAAGAUAACUAAAAAACAAACAAAAAACAUCAACACUUUAUUGCAUAAUGUGUUUUAACAAUGCUGGCAAUGUAUACACAUGUUUUGAUUGCAGAGAUGAUGUGCAAUUACAGUAGAAAUAAAACCCAUCCUUUAUGGUGAUCGAAAAAUCUGCCUAGCUGUUAUCAACUGUCCAGUACAAAUAUAUAUCUGUUAAAAGAACCUCCAUCCAAACAGUAACAUAAAUUAUAUCUGUAUUCAAUUAGAGGCCACGGAUAACAAUCAUAUGGGAUGCUUUUGAACUCGACAGGUUUGCCACCGUUUGUUGCAGGCCUUGCACAAACUUGAUGGGCCUCUGGUAUGAUGGAUUCCUCCUUUGUUGUUUUCUUUGGCUCCAUGUUAAAUUGUAUCAAGCGCAACCAUCACCAGGCUGCCUACAUUCCACUUCUGCUUCCCCCAGCACAAAUAAAACUUGUAUUUAUGGCAUCAGUGCUUAUUACAGGGUAAACAAAUUUUUUCGAAGUUGUCACUUGGAUUGUUAUGAUUUAGUUUUGGUUGUGUUAAGUCAUGAUCGAGACGAUUCUGGAGGCUUUAUAAAUUCCCAAUUUUUUCUACAAAUGUCUGUCAACAAAAGAAAACAAGAAAAAAAAACAGACUGUUUUAUUGGUUAUUGGGCAUGGCCCCAAAACAGUUAUCCGAAUUGUAGCUACAUAGUUUUGGUCAGGUUCUGAAUGCAAUGUAUAUCUAUAGUACAGUUACUGUGAUCAUAUGUUCAUUGUACUUGUUUAGACUUAUUGAUGUUCCUCUGAGUUUAUUUUUGUCCCAUUUCUUUAAACCUGCAUUCAUGACUCCAAACAAUGUUGUAUUGAUCAAUGUCUUUAAAAAAUAAAUGUUCCUCAGUG